UCAGGUAUUUUAUUGAAAAUGAAGAUGUUUUGAGGUGUUGAGUGAUAUACGGAACUAAACAUUUGUUGGUUCUACUUGAGAUGGAAAAAUUUGGUGGGAAAAUGUCAACUGGAUGACAGCAGCAAAGCCCGAACAAAUAAAAGACUGAAGAUGUUUAGCAGCUAGAAUUCAAAGAUGUUAACCCUUGGCCUAGGAUUGAGAAGGCUAUGUUGUCUUUCUAAAUGCAGUUCAUCCAAAUUGUUGUUCAUACAGAACUAUGACUAUUCCAGUCAGCAAGAAAGUGUUCAAGAUGUUAUAGCAUCUAUCAUCAGAAAUGCCAAAGAUAAUGACUCCCAACUUAAUGACAGUCUCCCCAAGAGUUCGAAGUCUAGUCCAACAAAGAGGACCCAACAGGGAUCCUCGGGAAUCAUUGCUGAUAAAAAAUACGAGAGUGAAAGGAAUAGAAAUGAACAAAAAAAAUCUUCUCCAUCUUCUGAUAUUGCUAGUGAACUAGAAAUUGAAACCGCAGAACCAGUUGUGAUUCAAAGGAAGAAGGCACCUGUUGCAAAUCAACCACUUUUGACCAGAAAGGUCAUGCAGGCUUUGCGAAGUUUAACAGAUGAUGAAGCUGAAACUCUUGCUUUUAUAAAGAAUGUGAAACUUUCACAACCUCUGGUUCCAGAGCAGGAGGAGUAUCUAGAGAGGUUCACAAGCUUUGUGCAGGAAAUGAAUUUAAGAAACUUGCCGGCAGUCACUCGCAUUAUCAGUGCAACUCAGACAGACUACCAGAAGUUCAUUCUUGAGCAGUGGAAGUUAAGGAUGGUGGAAGAAUUGGGAGUCCAAGGGUUCGAAGAAUACCAGAAAGAAAACUUUGAAAAAGGACACAAGCUGCACUAUGCCAUACAACAGAAACUCUUGGAGGAACCUUUAGAGGUUACCCCAAACAUUGAGGGAUACUGGAAGAGUCUUCAGCUUGUCUUACCAGCGCUAGAACAUGUGUACUCCCUGGAGGAUAAUGUGGUUCACCCAUAUCUACAUUACAGGGGCAUAUUUGAUUGCCUUGCCAUUUACAGGGGAUGUGCAUGUGUCAUCGACUGGAAGACGUCUUCAAAGCCCAAGCCCACGUUGAGGGACACUUACGACUAUCCGCUACAGAUGGUGGCUUAUAUUGGAGCCCUCAAUCAGUCAGAUUAUCUAGUAGAGAGAGGGAUUCCCCAGGUGAACAGUGCAGCUUUGGUGGUGGCCUAUGAGAACGGAGACCCUGCCCACAUUCACUUCCUGGACGCCGCCAAAUGCCAGUACUACUGGAAGAAAUGGUUAGACAAGUUGCACCAAUACUGGUUGUUGAAAAGCAGUGAUGCAGCAUCCUGAAGAAAUUGCAUACAAGAAAUGCCUGCAUAGACUUUGCCUGUGUGUAGUAGUUAUAUUACAAGGGGGAAAACCAAGCUUCAUCAUGUUAACUAAAUGCAAAAAGUUUGAGAUUGAAUUUUAACACUCACCCCC